AGCGGAUGUUUUAGUUUAAAUCAUGUUUGAGAGCGCAGUUUGAAAGUAAGCGAGAGCUAUAACGCUACUGUCGGGAUAUAAGAAUGGGGAUUCAUAAAGCUAAGUGAACACAACGAGUCGCGUUAGCUGUGCCAGAAAACGGGCAAACGUUGGUCUUCGCCUGCACCGAAAAAGCAUUUAACUAUGAAAAGGAUACAGCGUUCUGCGGAUGAAAACGAUGCACUGCAGUGCUGUGUGCUUUGCAAGCUUUCUGAGAAUUCCCCAGACAAAUACGGAGAGAAGAUCACACUACGGCAGCAUGGGCUCACUGUGCACUAUUUUUGUCUGUUGAUGUCCAGUGGGGUGUAUCAGCGUGGACAGGAGGAUGAAGGAAUCCAUGGGUUUUUAGUGGAGGACAUCAAACAGGAGGUUCGCCGAUCCACUAGGCUGAGAUGUGGAGUUUGCAAGAAGAAAGGUGCCUCUGUUGGAUGCAGUAUCAAAAGCUGUAGAAAGAAGGUUCAUUUUCCUUGUGGAAUCAAAGAAGAAUUUGUGUUCCAGUUCACUGGCCUUUUUCCGUCAUUCUGCAGAGUGCACCGUCCCACCCAGAGUCUGUUAUCCCCCGUCACCACACCACUGUCCUGCUCUGUGUGCCUGGACCCCAUCGAGCCCGUCCUCUCUUACUCUGUGCUCAAAUGUCCCUGCUGCCACAGUAGCUGGUUCCACCGGGACUGUGUACAGCACCAGGCCUAUAGUGCUGCCAUGUUCUUCUUCAAGUGCACCAUCUGCAGCAAUAAGGAGCAGUUUCAGCAAGAGAUGCUGCGCAUGGGAAUACACAUACCAGAGAGAGAUGCAUCAUGGGAGCUUGAAGAAAAUGCCUAUGUGGAGCUGUUGCAAGUGUAUCAGCACUGCGACGCACGCAAAUGUAGCUGCUGUAACGGCCGCCAGUACAGUGGACGUGUAGGGAAGUGGGAGAUUGUGCGCUGUACAUUCUGUGGUUCUAAGGGAACUCAUCGGAAAUGCUCUUCCCUCAAGCUCUAUGAGGACAGAUGGGCCUGUAUUGACUGCCGAUCUGUGGUGAAUGGAGAUGAUGCAUUACCAAGGCACCACCGAUCACCUCAGUCAGGGCUUAAAAAUGAUAGAUCAUCGCGAAAAAGAUCGUCUUCCAUUCGCUCCAGUUUGGUCUGUAGAAGAUCGUCUAUGCUGGCGAGUUCCCCAAGGGAGAUCUUACGUGGGCUUGCCAGUCAGAUCUCACUGGUCCCGUCCAUUCCUGUGGUGAUGAAAGGAGAUGGGGCCUUCAAGGCAGCCUCAAAGUUUCUUAGGCAUCCAAACUUCACCCCGUACCAUGGCCUGGCUGUGAGGUUCACCGGUGAUGAGCAGUGUCACAACAAUGUCAGCCUGCGACGAUUUAUGCGGCUGCUGGUGAAUGAAAUCCAGAACUCCACACUCUUUGAAGGGCCUGAAAAUGCAAAGAUCCUGACAUUGGACUCACAGGCUCUGCGGGAUGACCUGUACUUUGAUGCGGGGUGCUUGCUGGCCCUUAGCUUGGUCCAUGGGGGACCCCCUCCAUGCUUUCUCUCCCGGGUGCUCUAUCGGACCCUGUUCCACUUACCUCAGGACUCCCCACUCACCCUGCAGGACCUGGGGAACACACUGUUUGCAGCUAAAGUCAAGAUGAUCAGGGACGCGGAGUCUAUAGAGGAGCUGAAAGAGGCAGUUCUUUUGGCCUCGGAAUACUUGGAAGUGGCUGGAUGCUUCCGGAAAGUUGUCAGCCUUUCUGACAAAGAUGCACUGGUGGAGGACAUGUUGAACUUCCAUCUUGUUACACGAAUUCAUUUGCCUCUUCAAAGAUUCCGUGAGGGGCUGAAAACUCUUGGUCUUUUUGAUCAAAUCCAGAGCGACCCUGAGGCCUUUUCCACUUUUUUCUGCGCUCCUCUCCACAAAAUAUCAGCAGAUUCUGUUGCAAACCUUUUUCCUGUUCAGUUGUCUGAUGACGAGGAGAAGAAAACAAAAGAAACCAUGAUGGCGAGUUUCUGGAGGCAGUAUCUACUUGAGUGUGAAGUGGGAAAGAGCGCAACUUCACUGGAGGAAGUCCUGAUCUUUGCCACCUCAGUGGAUGUAGAACCAGCUGUGGGAUUUAACCCUGCCCCUAGCAUGUCCUUCCUGCAUCCGGUGGAUUCUGUGGACUUGCUCCCCCAGCGUCAGCCAGAGAAAAACCAUCUGCUGCUGCCGGUUCUCCCCUCCUAUCAGCUCUUUAAACGCCACAUGGAGUACGCAGUCUGCCAGCUUACAGUGGUGCAGGAAGCUUCUCUGUCAAUUUCAUGACAAUUUCUCUCUCCCCUGAUGCCAGCGAGAAGGAUAUGCACUUGUUUUACUGGGAAAAGAACUUCCAUGUGCAUAAAAGAAAGACUUAAAAACAGCAGAGUGUUGGGCUCCCAGAGGUCCUCACAACAUAUAGUAGUACUGUAGCUCAGUUCCGCCAACACAUUUUAUAUGGCCAUUCCCACCAGUAAGACUACAAACUGAGAAUAGCUUUACAGCACAAGUUACAGGGUACAUGCAGUUGUUUUGGCACAUUAUCAGAUGAUUUCAUUUCAUGUAUAAAUGUUUUAAAAUAGCCAUGCUGACGCAAGAAAGGGAGGGUUACAGAAUAUGUGUUUAGUCAGUGGGUGGUGGACUCAGACAUUUUGUGAACAAAUGAGAGGACUGGCUGUGUAAGCACAAUUUGUGUUGAAUGGCGAAGCCUCAACAAUGCCCUGUUAGCAUUCCAUGCUGAAGUUUUAUUACUCAAAAUGGAGACAAUAUCUGUGCUGUUUCUUACAACUGAUUUAUCAUUUCAGUAUUUUGAGGCUUCUCGUAUUAUAUAUGUUGUAUACGUAUAUUCAGUUUUGUAAGUUGUAGUUGGGUUACUGUGUUGCCUUUUGAUCGUUUUUGUUAAUAUGUCUUGUUCCAGUUGUCACGCUGAUUGUUGCAUUUGAGGAUGCUUUUCAGAUUCAUUCACGUUUUGCUUUUCAUUUGGAUUGAGUGGAGAUCAGUUGGCAUAACGAUCUUGUUAUUUUUUAACUGCAUCUAAAAUUAGUUAAGAAUAUCAUUGUACCCAUCCUUUUCCUUAUUUAGACUUUUGACCAUGUUUACAACUUAUAUAAUUUUUUAGAGAAAAUAUGGUUAAACUGCUAAAUGCUUAUAUUGUUAAUCUGGUAAUUUGCCAAGAAAGAGAUUACAAUACUUGUAUUAGUGGUAUUCUUUGAGAAUAUUAUUGUGUUCUUGGAUUACAUACUUAAGAGUGCAUAAGGGGGAGAUUUAAAAUCAUUUUAGCAAUGCUCUGUCAAACUGCUGUCAAUGUUCUCUGCCCAAAAUGCCAUGUUAUAAGAGAGUUCUAUAAUUGGAAUGAACAAGGAACUAAUGCACAUUAGACUGUUGGAAUGUGCUUUUGCAGCCAUGAAAUAUGAACAAAAUACAAGACACCAAUAAUGCCACUGAAAAUACCUUUAAGUCUUGGUCUGCUCAUCUAUGAGUCUCCCCAGUUUCACUGUCUCUGCCUUUUCCAUAUUUCUACUUAUUAUGAAUUACAGUAUAUUCAGUGAUCCGUUGGGUUCAUGCUUCCUGGGGUGAAUGUACAAACGUGUGUACAAAUGUAUUCAUGAAACAAUGUAUCACUGCUUUUUGAAGCAGCUUUUGUAUUAACUGUGCUAAGGCUUUUAAACCAAAUCAGACAUAACAUAGCUUAACUUCAAUAAUUCUGUUGAAAUGGUACAAUUCUGUGGCCUUCAUGUUCUAUUACUUACCUCAUAUUUACAAGUCAUGUUUCUAUCAGCCCUAAUGAACUGUUCCAUUUUUUCUUUCUUUUUAUCCAAUCUGUAUAAAUUAUGUAAUUUUGUGGUUCCACAUAUACUAUAAAUGUAUUGCAUACUUUGAAACCA